GGGGGCGAGCAUCGGGCUUUCCCGAGCUGUGUUGGGCGCUAGCUCGCAGUGGCGUCCGGAUGGGGGUGGCUGGGGGGAGGCCUUCGGACGCCGCUGUCGCCGCCGCCACCGCCUCCUACUUCCCGGUUUCUGCCGCCUCUAGAUACUUCACAUGGACAAAAUUGAAAAGAGAAAAAGUUAAGCUGUAUUUCAUUUGGGCAAUUGUAUGGUACUUUCAUUGAACCCAAGCUGCAUGCUGCCCCAUCUGAUAUUCUCCAGAAAUGGAAGGUUCAUAGAAUCAUAGAUUUAAAGCUGGAAGUCCAUCUCUCAGGGUAUCUGGCACAAGUGUAAAGCCAUAAUCAUAAACUGCAGAAGAAAGAUUGACCUUUGGAAAUUGGUGAUGAAACUCUGAGAACUCAUUUGAGCUGCCAAAGGCAUAUGUAAAUGAAGAAAAAUUUACAAACAACCACACAAGAUUAAGUGUCCUUCCUUCUCCACAAGUCAUUGAAGCACUCUCUAGAAUAGAUCCUUUUGGGAUUACUUCAUCAAAUAUUAUGUGUAAUAUGAGUGGAAAAGGUCCUGCAGAAAGCUUGAGUGUUAAGGACAAGAAUAAUACCCCACCCAUGGCAAUCCACCAAGUAGAAGGAGAGGAACCGCUGUGUAUUUGGGCUGUUGUGAAACCUGGCAAUACUAAGGAGAAAAUUGCCUUCUUUGCAGCCCAUCAGUGCAGCAACAGGAUAGGCUCAAUGAAAAUUAAAAGCACUUGGGAUAUUGAUGGAAGAGCUACCAAGCGAAGGAAGAAAUCGGUGGAUCUUAAAAAAGUCAAGAUACAGUUAGAAAGGAUGAAAGAAAGCAAUAUUAGAUCUUGUCAACCCGAGCCUUUUGCUUGUGAUAUCGAGCACUGUUCCUUGCAUUAUAUGAGUGACAGUGGAAAUGGAUUCUAUCCAGGGAGGCCUGCAUCAGUCAUCGAAAUGGUAGCUUUUCUAGAGCAGAGAGCAAGUGCUCUGCUGGCUACAUGUACCAAAAACUGCAUAAACUCUUCUGCCACUCUGAGACUUGCUAGGCAGUCUAAAGAGGUGCCUCCAGCAUCUGAUCUAUUCUGUGUCCUGGAAGCCUGUGAGGAGUUUCCCCCUAGAGGAAACUCCAAGGAUAGCAAACCCCAGGGUGAAACCGUGCAUGUACUUGACAUGGUGGCCAGGCUGGAGUCCGAAUGCUUGAAACAUCAGAGGGAACGUGAAAUGGGGGGAGGCCUUUCUAGAAAUAACAGUUUCCGGAGGCAUGUGGGCCGAGUGUUGCUGGCAAAUGGAACUCGGGAGGAUGAGAGCAAAGCAGAGAAAGGAUCACCCAAGGUCCCAGACACCCAGAUAAAUCCUGCUGUUGCCGUGACUAGAGAUCGUGCCUCUGUGAGAGCUGACCACUGCUCUUCUCUGCAGGGAACCCAGUCUUGGGAACAUGCCUCCUUGGCUACAUUGCCAACAGGUGUGGAUUUUCACAUGGACAGUGUGUCGUUAGAACCAAGUCAACAGACUGCUGUGAAAACAAGGAGUAGGUGUGAUGUGGAAAUGACCGAGGAACUCAGUGGGUCAUCUUUUCUUCCUCUCACCUGUUCCCAGCCAACAGAGUUACCCCCAGAUGCUAUGCAAAACAAAAGUAUAACUAUCGAUUGUAUGAGUAAGAAGAUUGUGCCAUUUCCUAGCCAGAAUCCUGAUCAAAGAAUGAGAGAGUCUGUAUGUAUUAGUAUUUCUGUGUCCAAGGUGGAGAAAACUCAGGAUUCUAGUAUAAACCUCUGUGAAGAUCCACUCCCAGGGAUGCUGUUCUUUCUUCAGCCUAAUCAACCUGAAAAAAAUUGUUCCAAGUCAAAUGAAAGCACAAAAGAGUCCCCAAGAUUCCUCCCAAAUGAGAAUUCUUCUGAAGAUGAUAUAGAACUUAGGGGGAAAAGAGUUUCGGUAGUAGAGCCCUUUGCACUGGUUGACUCUACUAUGAAAAGUACUAUGGGAAAUGCAUUGCAGGCUGUAGAGGGGUCCUGUUUGAAGAAGCAGGUGUCUCAUGACUUUUUGGAGACUAGGUUUAAAAUUCAGCAGUUGCUGGAGCCUCCACAGUACAUGGCCUUCUUGCCCCAUCACAUAAUGGUGAAAAUCUUCAGGUUUCUUCCAACCAAGAGUUUGGUAGCUCUUAAAUGCACUUGCUGCUAUUUUAAAUUCAUCAUUGAAUACUAUAACAUCAGGCCAGCAGAUUCUCGUUGGGUCCGAGAUCCACGCUAUAAAGAAGAUCCCUGUAAGAAGUGCAAAAAAAAGUAUGUGAAAGGGGAUGUGUCACUCUGCCGAUGGCAUCCGAAGCCCUACUGUCAAGCCUUGCCUUAUGGCCCUGGAUACUGGAUGUGCUGUCACCGGUCUCAGAAAGGUGUUCCUGGCUGUAAGCUGGGUCUUCAUGACAAUCAUUGGGUUCCUGAUCUGCGUGGUUAAAGUUUGGGUCCAUAAGGAAACAAGAAACUGAAGUGGACUGUGAGAGGUUUAACUCUAAAGCAAUGAGUGAUUUUAUUUUUAAACAAUUAUACAAUCCUAUUUUCUAAACCUCAGUGAACUGCGUGUUCUAGAUGGCAUCCAUGUUUUAGAGAGGCCAGUGGGUUAAGAGUGGAGUUAUAGAAUAAAUGGAGAAUGUCUGAGUUGAAAAUGGUUUGAAUGGUAGGCACUGAUGACAGGAGAAACUUUCCAAAUGCAGAUUGGUGGGAUAAGUAUAUAGUCUCCCAAGGGGACUACUUUGGAGGGGGUGACACUCAUUCCAAUGUACAAAUUCUGAUAUAUGGUUUUUAAGAAAUCACAUCACUGUAUGCUUGAUUCACUGAGGUUAUUUGUGGUUAGCAAAUGAAUGUCAUGCCCUGUGUUGUUUACAGUGUAUAUAAUUGUUUUGUUUUCACAGGCUGUGAAACCAGAGUGUGGCCUUUACUUGGUAGAUGAGCACUUUUAGCUCCUCUGUAAAUAGCAUUAUUAAAAACUGUUGUACAUAGUCAACAGCUGGCUGAACAACUUAAUCACUACAAUGCAGCUUGGAAAGCGUUGCAGCUACAUAGUUGUGUGCCCAGGUAUCUUGUCUCAGAUUUGUAUAUCCUGUAUAAAACACGAAUGUUUCCUGAAUAAAAUAUGAAUGUUUCCAAUAUAA